CAUGGGUGCUUCAUCAAAACAAUAUCAGAUCUACUUGAAUCCCAUCCAUGGGACAAAAAAACCAGAGCACGACCAACAGAAAUGGAAGAGAAAAAAGAAAGAGGAGAGGAGAGGAGAGGAGAAGAGAAGAGGAGAGGAGAAGAGAAAAGGAGAGAAGAGAAUAGAAGAGAGAAGGAGAACUUACUUGGUUUUGAGAAAAAUCGUAGGUCAGCAGAGAUGGAGAAGACUGGUGGUGGCUAUGGCUGCAAUACCGACGAGCGGCGGCGGCUAUGGUUGUGGUACGGACGAGCGGCGGCUAUGGCGGCGGUGAUGAAAGAUCGGGAUACCACUAGGUUGUGAAUGGGCUGUGUCUUGUUCACGGGUGUGGCCCUCUGGGGUCUCCGCUGCUUGGAUUUUGGGUUUAAUAAUAGGAAGGGUAAAAAAGUAAUUGGGAGUCCUAUUUUGGAAAUAAUAACCUUAUAGUCCC